AUGCGUAGAAUAGGAGUACACAAGGCGUACUUGCCGCUUUCUCUCUCCUUGAACCCUAAUUACUUCCAAGAUUCUUUGAACUUAGAACAGUUGAAAAUGGCUUUCUACAAUAGAAUCGGUAGUCUCAUGAAGCAAACAGUUUCACAAAACUCUGUAUCAAAUGGACAAAUAACAGGACCUUCAAUGUUCAAUGCUAUUCGCUGCAUGUCUUCAAAGCUUUUUAUUGGUGGUCUUUCUUAUCAGACUGAUGAUCAUUCCUUGAAGGAAGCAUUUUCUGGAUUUGGUGAAGUUGUUGAAGCAAGAGUUAUUACUGACAGAGAGUCAGGGAGGUCAAGGGGAUUUGGUUUUGUUAGCUACAACAGCGAAGAUUGUGCCAAGGAGGCUAUGACAGCCAUGGAUGGACAGGAACUUAAUGGGCGAAGUGUUCGUGUUAGUCUUGCAACAGAGCGCGCUCCACGUACAGGUGGAUUUGGAGGUGGUGGUGGUUAUAACCGUGAUGCUGGAAAUGAUCGCUACUAAAAACCAUAUGUUUUUAAAUAACAAAGUUAAAAGUUAUAUCUCGUAUUAUGAAACACUAGAUUAUUGAUUUUCUUCGUUUUUUGCAAGGAGUUAUAUGAACUGAUUAGUAUUUUUAGUAUGUAUCAUGUAAUCAUAAUCUUUUGUGUGCAACUUUACAUCCGUUCAGAUGUGUCUCUUAUCUUAUUGAUAGAUUGGUUGAAUGCUAGGAUUUUUUUUUGGCAUUAGGUGUACACUUUGAGCGACAAUAUUCACUUGUAAGAAUUUUCUUAGAAAAAGCUUUGGA